UGGUGGUGUGCAGGCAGACAUGGUGCUGGGGAAGGAGCUGAGAGUCCUACAUCUGGAUUGCAGGCAGCAGGAAGAGAGACCCCGGGCCUGGUGUGAGCAGUUGAACUUCAGGGCCCACCCCAGUGAUAGACUUGCUCCAACGAGGCCACACCUCCUAAGGAUUCCUCUUCUGCCCUUGUGUUUUGGAGGGAGCAGACUAAGAAGUACACAGGCUGCUACACAAGUUGUUCUGAAUGUUCCUGAGACGCGAGUAACAUGUUUGGAAAAUGGACUCAGAGUAGCUUCUGAAAACUCUGGGCUCUCAACGUGCACAGUUGGGCUAUGGAUUGAUGCUGGAAGUCGGUAUGAAAAUGAGAAGAAUAAUGGAACAGCUCACUUUCUGGAGCAUAUGGCUUUCAAGGGCACCAAAAAGAGGUCCCAGUUAGACCUUGAACUUGAGAUUGAAAAUAUGGGUGCUCAUCUUAACGCCUAUACCUCCAGAGAACAGACCGUGUACUAUGCCAAAGCUUUCUCUAAAGAUUUGCCAAGAGCUGUAGAAAUUCUUGCUGAUAUAAUUCAAAACAGCACAUUGGGAGAAGCAGAGAUUGAACGUGAACGAGGAGUAAUCCUUAGAGAGAUGCAGGAAGUUGAAACCAACUUGCAAGAAGUUGUUUUUGACUAUCUUCAUGCCACAGCUUAUCAGAACACUGCCCUUGGGCGGACAAUCCUGGGACCAACUGAAAAUAUCAAAUCUAUAAAUCGUAAGGACUUAGUGGAUUAUAUAACCACACAUUAUAAAGGACCAAGAAUCGUGCUGGCUGCUGCUGGAGGUGUUUGCCAUGACGAACUGCUUGAGCUCGCAAAGUUUCAUUUUGGAGACUCUUUGUGCACACACAAAGGAGAAGUACCAGCCCUGCCUCCCUGCACAUUCACUGGAAGUGAGAUUCGAGUGAGGGAUGACAAGAUGCCUUUGGCACACCUUGCAAUAGCUGUUGAAGCAGUUGGUUGGGCACAUCCAGACACAAUCUGUCUCAUGGUUGCAAACACACUGAUUGGCAACUGGGACCGCUCUUUCGGAGGAGGAAUGAAUUUAUCUAGCAAGCUGGCUCAGCUCACUUGUCAUGGCAGUCUCUGCCACAGCUUCCAGUCCUUCAACACUUCCUACACAGACACAGGAUUAUGGGGGCUCUAUAUGGUUUGUGAACAAGCCACGGUUGCUGACAUGCUGCAUGUUGUGCAAAAAGAAUGGAUGCGACUCUGUACAAGUGUUACUGAGAGUGAAGUAGCACGAGCAAGAAAUCUUCUGAAAACGAACAUGUUGCUGCAGCUUGAUGGCUCAACUCCAAUUUGUGAAGACAUUGGUAGGCAGAUGCUAUGCUAUAAUAGGAGAAUUCCCAUCCCUGAGCUUGAAGCAAGAAUUGAUGCUGUGAAUGCGGAGAUGGUUCGAGAAGUAUGCACCAAGUACAUUUAUGACAAAAGCCCAGCUAUUGCUGCCCUCGGUCCUAUUGAGCGGUUACCAGAUUUUAACCAGAUUUGUAGUAACAUGCGCUGGACUCGUGACUAAUUUUUGUGAUCAAAUAUUCUGCACAUAUAUCUAUUUAUAAAACUAGAGAUCUUGGAAUUUUAAAAAGCUGUCAGUCUUCAAAUGAAAUAAAUAAAAAUGUAUUUGGAAAUUC